UACAUAUAAGUCACAGGGCCUGCAUGUGUUGCUCUAUAAAUACGAAGACAAAGAAGAUGAGUUAGAAUUUGAAGGUGGAAAAAAGGGAAAGAAAAAGAAAAGAGAGGAUCAAUGUUGAUAAAAAGAAUAGAGCUCUGUAUAGAGAUAGUGAAGAAAACAAUGGAUUUUGCGGUAGUGGUGGCUGAGGCCGCGAAAGUCUUCUUGAGGAACGCUCCUCAGGCUCCUCCCGCUCUCCUCCGCCAAGGCCCCUACUAUUACUCCGCCUCGACCCCUCGCCCUUCCCCUUACAUGAUUGGCUAUCUUCCAUGAGAUUAUAAUUCUUUAUGAGAUUUCUGUAAAUUAAUUACUUGGUUAAAAAAUUAAUGUAAAUUAUAUGCUUUCUUUGUUUUUUUCAACAACAUGUAUUAUACGGAUUGAAACCUGGUCGGGGAUGUUGCACCGGCUCUAAUCCCACAAACCGGAAGCUACAUAUCCAAGUUAUCUUGUAAAUAAUUUUUUUUCUUGUAAAAGUAGUUAUCUUGUAAAUUGCAAAGUUUUAUAAUGAAUCACACAUUUCUUAUA